AUGUCGCAACACAGCUUUGUUCAUAUUGCCAUGUCUCCUUUCCGUUUGAUGUGUUUGGGCAUCAGCAGCAGUCUUUGCCAGAGUUACAAUGAACAUGGUAUGCCACACUACGUGGCCAGUGGCAUUGCAUUCAAAGAAUGGGCGGAAAGCCAAAAUGUUGUUGCACAAUGGUUCCUCUUGGCUCUUUCCUUUUUCGUUCUUGGACUUAGCAUGACUUUGGAAAACACAUUUGGUGCUUCCUUGGCUCCUGCCGCUGUGGUGGCAUUGGGUGCUGUCUAUGCCUUCUUCAAAGCUACCGGCCUUUCGGUUCGUGCCAACAAGACAAAGACUGCCUAA